GAGUCGAAAAAUAUUGAAAUGUAUUUUCAAUAUGAAACCAAUUAUUAUUUUCUGUUUUAUUUUAUUGCAGUAAAUAGCAUUCCAAAUAUGAUACAAUCAAACCAUAUGACCAACGGGAUUUGCACUGUGCACGCUUUAGAAGUUUGGGCUUUUCAACGCUAGCGUGUUGUCCUACAGAAACGUAAACAAUUCCAUAUUCACCGGCUUUAUCACAAAAACAACUCUACCUUCAGCUAAAUCCCACCGAAAAAGUGUUCACCGAGAGGUUUUCCUACUUUUCUUGUGACCCCAGUAUACCUGAACAGCCGGCAAAGUGGCGGACGUACCGAAAAUGAAGCUCAUCGACUCGGUCGUGAGGAGCUUCAAGGUGGCGAAGGUGUUCCGUGAGAACACGGACAAAAUCAAUGCCAUCGACUUUUCCGCCAACGGUGAGAUGCUGAUAUCGUGCAGUGAGGACGAUCAGAUUGUGCUGUACGAUUGCGAGAAGGGUACGCAGAUCCGGACGGUUAACUCGAAAAAGUACGGUGUCGAUCUGAUACACUUCACACACGCGAACAACACGGCAAUACACAGCUCGACCAAGGUGGACGAUACGAUCCGGUACCUGAGUUUGCACGACAACAAAUACCUGCGGUACUUUCCCGGCCACACGAAGAAAGUGAUCUCGUUGAACAUUUCCCCGGUGGAGGAUACGUUUCUGUCCGGAUCGCUCGACAAGACGCUCCGGUUGUGGGAUCUCCGUUCGCCCAACUGUCAGGGUGUGAUGCAGCUAAAUGGCCGCCCGGUGGCGGCGUACGAUCCGGAAGGUUUAAUUUUUGCCGCUGGCGUUAAUUCGGAAAGUAUAAAGCUUUACGAUUUGCGCUCGUUCGAUAAGGGACCGUUUGUGACGUUCAAAUUGAAUCAGGAGAAGGAAUGUGACUGGACGGGGUUAAAGUUUUCGCGGGACGGGAAAACCAUUCUCAUCAGUACGAACGGUUCCAUCAUACGGUUAAUUGAUGCCUUCCACGGAACACCUCUGCAAACGUUUACAGGACAUCUAAACAAUAAGGGUAUUCCAAUCGAAGCCUCUUUCAGUCCGGACUCGCAGUUUAUCUUUUCCGGCAGUACGGACGGACGAGUGCACGUGUGGAACGCUGACACUGGGUACAAAAUAUGUGUCCUAAACGGUGACCAUCCUGGCCCGGUACAGUGCGUACAGUUUAAUCCGAAGUUUAUGAUGCUUGCGUCCGCCUGCACCAACAUGGCAUUCUGGUUGCCGACCGGGGAGGAAUAGAUUGCAUAGAUAUUUUUAAUCAGCUGUUUACAGAUGAACACCGUUUUAUAACAAUGCUAUCAACAAUACAACCUCGAACAGGACACCAUGAGAUUUUGGGCGUCGAAUAAUAAAAUCUUUAAUCGAAAAGAUACCCUUUGACAAAAGGGCUGAAUCGGGUUCCACUUGUGUUCGGCAAGCUAGGCAUUAGCUUAAUAUUGUAGAUGCAGUACGUUUAAGAAUCAAGCUAAAUAAAAACAACAAACUUUCGAUGUGUAGUUUUCACUUCGAAAAUUCCCAAA